AUGCAAUCAAUCAAUCGUUUCUUGUAUGGACCUACACCAGAAGAGCGUGUUCGUGCAUGGCAAGCAAAAUUGCGUGCAGAGAGUCGACAACUUGAUAGGGAGAUGAGGCAGUUAGAUGUAGCGACUGCCAAGGCUCGUCAAACUGUCAAGCAGCUGGCCGCCAAAGGAGAUGUAAAAUCUGCAAGAAUUCUGGCGAAAGAGGUUGUGAGGAGCAAUAAACAGAAGGACCGCUUAUCGGUAAGUAAAGCGCGACUGGGGUCUAUUGGCACACAGUUGUCGCAACAAAUGGCCAUGAUCAAAGUGACGGGAUCUCUUCAAAAGUCUACAGAAAUCAUGAAACUUUCAAACGCUCUUAUCAAGUUGCCGCAAAUUAGCCAGACAAUGCGAGAAAUGAGUAUGGAAAUGACCAAGGCUGGCAUUAUGGAAGAAAUGCUGGAAGAUACUUUAGAUAUGGAAGAAGAUGAAGAGUUGGAAGAAGAAGCUGAUGCUGAGGUUGAUAAAGUCCUCUUCGAGCUCACCAACGGGAAGCUUGGCGAAGCCGGUAACGUUGGUACUGAGCUACCAACUGUGCAAGAUAAACUCGAAGACGAAGAGACCGAUCGAAAUAUGGAGAGAUAUCGAGAGCAGCUUAAUGGCCUGUUGAGUGGGUGA